AUGAAAUAUAUUAUAAAUAUUUUUAUAAGAAAAGAGUUGAUUUGUCUCAAACUUUGUCCUACUACCAUUCCAAUCUCGUUCCCAGAGCCUGCGUUUCUACUGGUCAGCACCCAGACAUUCGUUUAAGAGCCAUUGAAUUAGGGUCUUUCUGUGUUCUCCUUCAUCAGCGCGUCGUUGUUUAUCGAAGGUUUUCCGUAUAUCCAAAUGCAUAGUUGUCCAUACUGUACUAGUUUUCUUGGUAGAAGCUUCAAAAAGUUAUUACAUCAUAUCAAAUUUAUUCACAGUCAUGAACCAAACUUUAGCAUCACAUGCAGACAAUGCGGCCAGUCAUUUCGAAAAUUCAAUUCGUUCAAAUCCCAUAUCCAGAGAGAAGAGAAGAAGAAUGCACUGUUAAAUUUUGCGAACGUAAGUGAGCAAGGCGAUGAAGACGUAGAAGAUGAAAACUCUGAUGAAGAAGAUGGAGAAGACAACGAUUCAAAUGAAGACACAAACUACGUCGACGAUGUGACAAGAUUCUUGGCACUGUUUAUUUUAAAAACCAAAGAAGAAAAUCAACUAAGCCAACAGACAGUCAAUGCUAUUCUUGACAAUACAGGAGACCUAGUGGACAGUAGAUUAGUGGAAAUGAAAAACAAAGUGGUGGCAUGCCUUCAAAGCAGUGGAAUAGAAAUUGCUGAUGUUGAGGGCCUAUCUGGAGUACUUGAUGAGCCAAGUAUCUUCUCCCAAGCAAAACAACGUUUGCAGAAUGAAUACCAACAGAUGAAGUACUUUGUUGAGAAUUUUAACUUUGUGGAGCCACAGGAAGUCAUCCUCAAUCAAUAUGCUGAAUAUCGCUAUCUGCAAGGCAAGCAAAAACUCUGCCUGGUCAAGGAAACAUUUCAUUACAUCUCGAUACUGAAAACCCUACAAUCUUUGCUCAAUCAGGCAGAUGUUUUAUGUGAGGUUAUGAAUGGUCAUUCCUCAAAUGAUGGAAUUCUAAGAGACUAUUGUGAUGGUGAACAGUACAAAAUGCAUGCUCUUUUUGGACAACCUGGUAAUGCACUACUUCUUCAUUGUUACUAUGAUGAUUUUCAAGUAACAAACCCGCUUGGAUCAAAGACAAAAAAACAUAAAAUAGGAGCCUUUUACUUCAAUCUGGGAAAUCUUAGUCCAGAAUACCGUUCUGUUAUCAACUCAAUUCAGCUAAUUGCUUUGUGCCGAGUACCGCUCAUAAAAAAGUAUGGAAUGAAUAGGAUACUGCAGCCAUUCAUGCAAGACCUGCAUCAACUAGAGGCAGAUAGAGGUGUAACAUUUUGGAUAGAUGAACAAGAAAGAACAUUCAGUGGUUCCAUUGGACCUUAUUCAAGUGACAAUCUUGGGGCACAUUCUCUUGGUGGUUUUCAGGAGAGCUUUUCUGGUCUAAGGAUUUGUAGAAUUUGUAUGGCAACUAGAGAAGACACUAACACAAAGUUUACAGAAGCAGAUUUUCAAAUUAGAACAAGAGCAAUCCAUGACAGACAUUGCCGGCUUGUAGAAAAUGAUGCAAAUCUAGAAGCAACUUAUGGGGUAAAAACAAGAAGUGUUCUCAACCAGUCCCGUUACUUCCACAUUACUGAUGGACUUGUUCUUGAUGUCAUGCAUGACCAACUUGAGGGAGUGCUGCCCCUAGAAGUCAAGAUUCUGUUACAGAAGUACAUUCAAGAGGAAAAUUAUUUCACACUUGAAAUUGUGAAUGACAGAUUAGAAAGAUUGUGGUAUCCUCAAUCUGAUGCUAGCAAUAAACCAAGUCCUAUAAAGCCGCAGUCAUUGGCAAACAAUUCAAUGAGGAUUUCACAGUCAGCUCGGAUGUGGUGCCUGGCAAGAAUGUUUCCUAUACUUAUAGGAGACUUGAUUCCACAAAAUGAUGAGCACUGGGAAAACUUUUUGCGACUACUGAAAAUUGAAGAAAUUGUUUUUGCUCCUAAAGCAACACCACAGGUGGCUGCAUAUCUUGGAGUUCUCAUAGAGGAGUACCUAGAGGACUAUGUCAACCUCAAUGACCGGCUUCCAAUCCCAAAGCAGCAUUACAUGGUGCAUUACCCAAAUCAAAUUAUCAAAAAUGGUCCCCUAGUAAGAAACUGGGCCAUGAGGUUCGAGGCCAAACAUAACUACUUUAAAAAGCUGGUAGACAACGUCAACAAUUUCAAAAAUAUCACCUAUUCCUUGGCUAUGAGGCAUCAAGCCCUUCAGACUUAUCGAAUGCAAAGUUCACAAGGCAACUAUUUGAGAGUGUCUUUGGAAAUUGGACCUGCUGUUGGAAGGGUAACAACUGUUCAAGAAGCAGGAGUAGAAGAUGAGCUGCAAGAGGCAGACCCCCAAACUAAAGGCGACAGUUCACUGACACGCACAUCCUGGGUUAAAGUUUAUGGAACCAAAUACGUAAAGGGCGAUGUUAUUGUAAUUGACUACCACCAUGGCUUUCCAAUUUUGGGAAAGAUCCAAAAGGUUUUGGUUGUUGAGAGACACAUAGUUUGGUUUCAGUACCUUAAAAUAAAUGUUACUGAAUUUGUCUGUCAUUUAAAUGCUUUUAAAGUUCAGCAACUGAACGAAAUAAGAUAUAUUAAGCAAUCUGAGCUUCUAGAUUAUUACCCCCUUGGUCUCGUUAAGGGAUUUGGUUGCUAUGCCAACCAAGUCUUCGUGACAUUGAAAUACAGAUUGGAUCUUAUGCAGUAAUGAUAUUUUUGAUUACAUUUUGCUAUAUUGAUGCAUGUAAAUAAUACAGAAAAAAUCAUGAUAAAUAGUAUAUUGCAGAAUAGAAAGUAAAGUUUCUUAAAAUGGCUGCAAAAAUAUAAAGAAAAAUUAUUAAAAAGAAUAAUUACUUUUGUUUCAA